UGAAAACACAAACUUCCGGUGUCAUUUUAGCUAGCUAGGCUAGCGUCUCGCUUGACGCAACAGGGAUGUCUCAUGGCAGAUUAACAGCCAGUCCUGAAAGUAAAAGCAGUCGCAAAACUCCUCGGAGCUCUGUGGAUACCGUAUAACUACAGUCUUCCCUCGCGACUUAGUUAACGUGAGACAGCAACCAGUUCACAGACAGGGUGGGAAGUUAAUUUUAAGCGAAGGGCUACUUAUGCUGUUGCUACAAUUGUGCUCAAUCCAACAGCCGCUGAGCCGCGACCACACCCUCCCCGUUUCCUCAUAGUAGCGGGAGCGCGCAGCACGACUUUGAAUCUGGGAAUAACGGCCACUUCUUCCAGCUACGUUUACGGUUUGUGACCGUGGAACUUCCCGAGAAAAGUGAGUGAAUGUUCAAAUACCAACGACUGGUAUGGCUAUGAGAAGCGAGUCGAAGAUAUGCGGGACUACACAAUCUCUGGUCCCGAGUUAAGACGCAGAGGAGGAGGUGGAGGGCGGACAGACGGACGAUGCAUAUGGAGUCGAAGCGACCGGAGCAACUUCUAGCUUCUAACCCUGGGCUCUGUUUGAAAAAGAAGAGGUUGAAAGCGGAUUGAGGGGUUUGUGUUGUUGCAAAAUUGCCAGUUCGGUGGAUUUUACUUGGGAGGACUGGAAAUGAUGGUGCUGGAGGGAAACACAAGUCUUCCCGCUGUCCAGAAGAGCUGCCCGGGUGGUGCCCUGUUUGUAACCAGCAUGAGUACGCCAGGCCGGUCAAACUCCUUGGAAACACGUCGGACAAGAUCUCGGUGCUGUUUCAGGCUACUUGCUCUGAUGCGAGUCGACACAAAAUGAUAUCAUAUCCUAUUGAUUAUAGUUUUUUUUUUAAAGGCCGAGAAGCCAUCUACUAAAUGUUGAGGUGAUGUUUUCUUGCCCAUAGUUAUUAAAAAGAUCCUAAGUAAAGGCAUUUAACGUUACAAAAAUAGAACAGUCAGUUGGAACGUGUUCUUGUUUCAAACGAUAAGGAGUUUUUGACGUAAUUGUUAUUCUCAAUCUGCACUUUGCCUCUUAGAAGGCACCUUGGUGGCACUGCAGUUUGUGUGUGAUUUUCUUUUUUUAAUUCAACAACCUGUGAAUUAUUCUGUUCCAUGAAAAACUGGGACUACAAUGAGAAUAUUGACUUGUGGAUUAUGUUGUUAUGGGCAUUUAAAUUAAUUUAUCAAGAUAAGAGUUUAAAGCAUUAUAACACUGACAAAACUGUGGGGAUUUUGAUUGACUGUGUUACAUUGCAAACUUAGUAAUAACCAAGGCAGAUAACCGGGAAUAUGCCAGAUCAUAGUUUAGACUUUUAUUAUAGUAUAGUUUAGAGACACAUUUAUAAAUAUUUGGGAUGUUAUUCAAACAUAAGGAAAUGCAGUUAUUGAGUUUUGCUCUCUUUACAAUUUUACAUUGAGAAUACAUGUCUUGUGUUUCUACAUGCAAUGUACAGUGGAUUACCUAUAAUCUGAAGGAAUUUAAGGAAGACUGUUUGGCCAGUUGUUAUUUAAAAGAGUUUGUAAAAAGCAGGGAGUUAAGGGUAGUGUUGGAAAUGUCUUAAACAGUACAAUGCAGUGUGCAGCAGCAGAAAACUAUAAAUAACUGAACCUCUCCAGAAGAGCAGUUUGACCCUCGCUCCCACCCCCCUUCCUUCCACUCCCCUCCUUAUUAUGGCUAGUGGUGGCUCUGGCAAAUCGGCUAGCGAGGGAUCAACCAGCACACCCAGUGUCAGUUUGCAGCAGAGGAAGCGUCUCUCCUCCAUCUGUGACACAUGUAAGGGCAAGAUGCAGCUGGUGGCGGACCUCCUCCUGCUGUCCAGCGAGACCAGGCCGGUCAUGACUUCUGAAGGCGUGGCAGUGGCAGACACAUUCGACCAGUGCCGCGACACAGUCAUCGCCAGGACAAAAGAGCUCUCCAUUCUCACCCAUGACAUCCAGAGCCAGCUCAACAUGGGCCGCUUCACAGAGGUGGGGGACCGUCUCUUGGAGAUGGCAGACCUGGUGGUGUCUUUGACAGAGUGCUCGGCCCAUGCUGCUUACCUGGCAGCUGUGGAGACCCCCAGCUCUCAGCCCUGCCUUCCAGGUCUGGUUGACCGCUACAAGGUGACCCGCUGCCGGCACGAAGUGGAACAGAGCUGCGGCAUCCUCCGAGUCACACCCCUGCCAGACCUCACCCCCCAGCUCCUCCUUGAGCUCUCCCAGAACAUCUCCACCAACCUCAAGAACUUGACGGACAUCUCCUCGCUAGCCAGCGAGAGGUCCAGGGACCGCUUUGCAAAAGAGCAGUUCAAACUGAGUGUCAAGAGCAUGAGCAUGAGCGGCACUGCCUUCCUGGCGUGUGUCAAAGAGGUGAAAACCCAGCCCAGUGAGCUGACCAGGAACCGCUGUGUUCUCUUUAGUGCAGCUCUGGUGCAGGCAGUCAGUGCGCUGGUUGGGUUCGCCACAGAGCCUCAAUUCCUCGGAAGAGCUGCGAGUAUCUCCACUGAAGGGAAGGGGGUACAGACUGCAGUGUUAGGGGGGGCCAUGAGUGUCGUUUCAGCCUGUGUCCUCCUCACUCAGGGCCUCAGGGACGUUGCACAGCAUCCUGAGAGCAGCUCCAAAAUGGCAGACUACCGCGAGCGUCUGCGUAACUCUGCUUGUGCUGUUUCAGACGGCUGCACUCUUCUUACUCAGGCACUCAGAGAACGCUCCUCUCCAAGGACUCUGCCGCCAGUCAACUCUCAUUCUGUGAAUUAGUUUAGGAAGAGGCAACAUGAUCUCCUGUCCCCUCGGUCCUAUUCUGACGUACCAAAGAGACUCACUUGGGUUAUCCCUGGUUAUCAGGUUUAGAGUCAGAGUAACAUCAGCAGAAGGCUGUCUGUGGGUCUGUUGGUGUGUUUGAAUGCAGAAGAGUGCAAAAAACGCUGCAGGGUUUUGUGUCGCGCUGGAUGUGGCUCAAACCUUGUUACAAAUGGACCCCUUGAGCGCUCUGGGCCACCCACUGUCCCCAACAGACAGCAGCCUUCUAAUCUGAAAAGUUUACCUCAGUUUUCAGCUCCGGUGAAAACACCAGCCUUGGUGAUGGAUGUAGCCUCACUGUGUGAACCUAUGGUUGGCUGACCUACUCGAUUACAUGUGCUUUGUGAGAUUGGAAAGAGUGAUCCGAGUGUCUUAAUGCUUGUUUUCUUAUUUUUUUUCAACGUGUGAAUUCUUAAUUGGUAAAAAGCUGCUGUGAGUGUGUGCCAUAGGUUUUACACUAUUUACCAUACUUCCCAUAGUAUUUUAAAAUGUUUUGAUCAUGCAUGUAAUGGAGUAUUUAUUUCAGCUAUUAAAAAUAACGUUUCUGAUAUGCUGUUGUUAAGUUAAGUGCUGUGAAAACCAAAUUGUAGAAAGGCUCUAUUGACAGAAAAACCAACCAUACUCUCUCUCUGUUACCUCUCGUGGUAUCCGUUCAUGCUAAAAGUUAAGUUUUAUCUGUCCCCAAUACAGUGGAGGUAAAUAAAGUUUGCUUGUGGUAUUCAAUAAAAAAAAGAUGUAUGCUA